CACUGCUAUGUACACGCCAAAAAAAUUCACAUAUUCAUGAAGAGUAUUUUGCCAUUGCUGGGGAUAUUGAAUACUUGGUCUUCUUGUUAUUAAUCAAAUGGAUCAAAUGGAUGUAAAUGGAUAGGAGCUUGUUUUCUCUCACCACAGCUGUUUUCCGUGUGUUUCCUGAUUAUCUUCGGUCACACCUUACUGUUUGAAAUGAAGGAAGAAUUUUCAGUUCUUGAAGGCAUAUUGGCCGGAUGGUGGUUCACGUUUGUUUGGGAGGAGAUCAGACAGAUUGUGAAAACCAAGCCAGCUGAACAGUGCAAGUGUUGCAGGGACAAAUGCCAGUGUUGCUGCUCGUGGAAAUUCUGCUCGGUACUGAAGACGCAUUUCUUUGAUAACUACUGGAAUAUACUGGACUGUGUUUCUCUUGGGUUCUUCCUGGUGGGUGCUAUUCUGAUGACCAUCGUCCAUCUGGACACCACUAGGAGUGAUGUGUAUGAAGCUGCUAGAGUCAUACUGAGUCUGGACAUCAUGUUCUUUACCUGGAGAAUACUUCAACAUCUGGCCAUAUUCAGCUCCAUGGGUUCUGUUCUUGAUAUGAUCUUUCAAAUGAUCAAGGACCUGUUUCCGUUCCUGGUGAUAAUGCCGGUGUUCAUCAUGUCGCACGGCCUGGCUGCACACGCACUUCUUUAUCCUAACCGUGACUGGUCACCUGAGUCUUUGAUUGACAUACCUAAAAGUGCAUUUUGGAACCUAUUUGGAGAAUUAGGAUUGGAUGAAAUUGAAGCCAGUGAAACCCAGGAUGAGUGUUCGUCUGACCCACUUCUUUUUAAAAACGACACAAAGGAUGAAUGUCCAUCCACCCUGGGGAAAUACGCAGUUCCAUUUUUUCUGGCCCCGCACAUGCUUCUCCUGAAUGUUCUCCUCCUGAGCAUCCUGAUAGCAAGAUUCAGUUUCACCUUUCAAAAGGUCCACGAACAGACCAAAUGGCUGGCAGCGUGGAAAAGGGCCAAAGUAAUAAUGGAGUAUUACGACAAACCACCACUCCCCCCCUCCUUUCAACGUCUUCUUUCACAUUGGCUACUACCUCUAUGCAUGUUGCAAGACAGCACGAAUGGCACCAAAAGAGGACAAAAAACGGAAUGAAGAAAUGGAUUCCUGGGAGAGGUCCAUGGCAGAGUACUACCUGGCCACUGAAGAUUUCGAGUCAGGAAGAGAACGGAUAUCUCCACUCGGGUUUGUCUUACUUGAUGGCUCUUGAUUAAAGAAACUGGACUAAAAAUCAGAACGAUCUCAACUCAAAUCUUAGAAAAUAUUUUGGGUAUACAAUCCAUAAAGUAACCACGUCUUGGGUUAAAUAAUAAUUUAUUCUUUUUUUUUCUUUCUUUAUCCUUUUACUUCCUUAUUUUCUUAUAAUAAUGGUGUGGUGUGGUAUUAGAUUGACUGAAAAUGAA